CCACCCUGGACUGGAAGGAAUGGAUGCUCUUCCUUACAUUGAUCUGAUAGAUCCUGCUGAGAUUGAUCUCCUCCUCAUUAGCCAAAAACAAGUUUUAAAGGAAGAACAUUCAUGACGCACGCCACAAAAGCCAUUUACAGAUGGCUUCUCUCAGACUAUGUCAAAGUCAGUAACAUAUCAGCGGAUGACAUGCUGUAUACAGAAACAGACCUGGAAGAAAGCAUGGACAAGAUUGAAACCAUCAACUUCCAUGAAGUGAAAGAGGUUGCAGGGAUCAAGUUCUGGUGUUACCAUGCAGGCCAUGUCCUUGGAGCUGCCAUGUUCAUGAUUGAAAUAGCUGGUGUGAAGCUUUUAUAUACAGGUGAUUUCUCAAGACAGGAAGACCGACAUCUGAUGGCAGCUGAGAUUCCCAAUAUUAAACCUGAUAUUCUUAUAAUUGAGUCCACUUACGGCACUCACAUUCAUGAGAAAAGGGAAGAGCGAGAGGCGAGGUUCUGUAACACCGUCCAUGACAUCGUAAAUAGAGGAGGCAGAGGCCUUAUUCCUGUGUUUGCCUUAGGCCGAGCUCAAGAACUGCUCUUAAUUUUAGAUGAAUACUGGCAGAAUCAUCCUGAACUCCAUGAUAUUCCUAUAUACUAUGCAUCCUCUUUGGCAAAGAAAUGCAUGGCAGUUUAUCAGACAUAUGUCAAUGCCAUGAACGACAAAAUUCGCAAGCAAAUAAACAUCAACAAUCCAUUUGUUUUCAAGCACAUUAGUAAUCUGAAGAGCAUGGACCACUUUGAUGAUAUUGGGCCAAGUGUUGUGAUGGCUUCGCCAGGUAUGAUGCAGAGUGGCCUGUCUAGAGAGUUGUUUGAGAGCUGGUGCACAGACAAGAGAAAUGGAGUCAUCAUUGCAGGGUACUGUGUUGAAGGAACCCUUGCUAAGCACAUCAUGUCUGAACCUGAAGAAAUCACGACUAUGUCAGGGCAAAAACUCCCCCUGAAGAUGUCUGUAGAUUACAUUUCUUUCUCUGCUCACACAGAUUAUCAACAAACUAGUGAGUUUAUCCGGGCCCUGAAACCUCCCCACGUGAUUUUAGUUCAUGGAGAGCAGAAUGAAAUGGCCAGGUUGAAAGCAGCAUUGAUACGAGAAUAUGAGGAUAACGAUGAAGUUCAUAUAGAAGUGCAUAAUCCUAGGAAUACAGAAGCUGUGACGUUGAAUUUCAGAGGAGAAAAACUUGCUAAGGUGAUGGGAUCUUUAGCAGAUAAGAAGCCAGAGCAAGGACAGAGAAUUUCUGGAAUCCUGGUUAAAAGAAAUUUUAACUAUCAUAUACUUGCUCCUUGUGACCUUUCCAAUUACACAGACUUGGCGAUGAGCACUGUAACACAGACACAAGCCAUUCCAUAUACUGGCCCUUUCAAUCUGCUUUAUUAUCAGCUACAAAAACUUACUGGUGAUGUAGAAGAAAUAGAAAUCCAACAAAAACCAGCCUUGAAGGUUUUCAAAAAUAUAACUGUGAUCCAGGAACCAGGCAUGGUUGUGCUUGAGGUAGGUGUUUCUGGUACAUGUGGGCAGUGUUCCAGUAUCUGCACAACAGCAUUUUAUAGGUUCAUGGCAAAUAGCGAAAUUCGUAGCACUGCUGUACAAAAGAUUUCCAAAAAAGUAGAUAUGGAUGUGUAUAGCAAGAGGAUGGAGAUCAUGCUCCAGGACAUGUUUGGGGAGGACUGUGUAAGUUCAAAAGAUGGCUCUGUCCUGUCUGUCACAGUGGAUGGAAAGACUGCAAACGUUUCACUGGAAACUCGGGUUGCACAAUGUGAGCCAGGAAGUGAAGAUGACGAAUCCCUUCGGGAAAUGGUGGAAUUGGCUGCACAGAGGCUCUAUGAUGCCCUCAGCCCAAUACACUGACUUCUGUAGAUAUCUAGGAUGCAUCCAAAAAAUCUCUUUAAUGUUCAAUUUAC